GACCCAACCCAGCCCAACCGUGCCAGUAGAAUUCGCAUUCAUCCAUGCCGAUUCCUCUCCGCGUGUUCCAUGGCCAAACCCCAAAAGAAAACCAGUCAAACCAAAACCACAAGCACCUCUUUCCUAGGCUGCUGCUUUGGAUAUUCUAGCAAAACUUCCGACCAAAAGUCCGCCGAGAUUAUCCGAUCCGAUGGCCAGAAGAAGACGCGUUCGCGUUGGUAUACGUAUUCUUGGUACGAGUUCCGACUGAAGAAGUCCGGCGCGAAAACCGUGCCGGUCGAAUCCACCCUGUCAGAGAAAGCAAAUCCGAAAAACAAAUUUCCGAAGCCGAAGUCGAAGUCAAAGUCCGACAAGCUCGCGACGGCGAAGCGAGUAACCAAUCAUAAGCCGCCAAGUCAGAUUCCGGUAGUGGUGCCAGUUGCUUCAGAUCAUCAAGCCCCUCAGGAAAAACCUGAAGAGACAACGAACGGGCCAUCACGGAACAUCAUCCUCGAAAAACGGGAUCAUGCGGAUCGUGCUUCCAAGGAGGACACGUGUCAAAAACGGUCCUCUUUCUGCCGGAAAAUAGAAGCCAUCAGAGCCGGGUCCAACCAACCCGGUUCACCGGAGGCCAAGCCCAAGCUCACUCGACCCGCUUCGAUUUCACACUCCGCGUCUUUACCCGUUUCGUUUCCCGAGAAGCGGGUUGCAAACCCUUCAUCAUCGACGCUCUCUCGAGGUACGUUGAAGAAACCAGCCCGGAAAAAAGAUGAAUUAUCCGAGAAACUUGACCCGGUGAUUGGUUUGUCUAUUGUCAUGGUCACCUUAAUAAUAAUGUUGUUAUGGGGUCGGUUAUGUGCCAUUCUUUGUACGUCGGCGUGGUUUUAUUUCGUGCCCCGUUUAGCAAACGUGACAAAUUCCGACGAUGUCGUGGGAAAAAAUCCAAAUUCACGUGAUUAUGAUUCCGAGGAGUACAAGAAGAAAGUGGUGUUAGAAGGAUUUCUUGAAAGAAACCACCGCAACGGGGGAACUUUGUAGUGAUGAUCAGCUGUUGACGUAUUUAAUUGUUUUACUACAGUGAGCCGCAUGGCAUUUUGUGUAAAUAAUUAAGCUGCGUGCAGAUGAAUCGUACAUGUCUAUAGUACUAGUUCUUCUGUAA